AUGGGCAGCCCGCGCCUGAGCCCGACCCGCCAAGAUGGCCCAUCGUCGAACGCGGCAGAUCGCGCCAUGGCGUCGGCGGACUCCUGCCCCAUCUGCCUCGCGGCGUCCAUCCCCGAAUGGCGACUAUGCCGAGCCCUCCCCUGUAAACACGAAUUUUGCGUCCUCUGUCUGGCCCGGUGGGCGACAUCCAGCGCGCUGCGCCUCGGUCGGCCGGCUACCUGCCCCCUGUGUGUGGUUCCCCUGCAGGGGGGCUUGGUGUCGGCCUACUGGGAGGACACGAUUUCCAGCAUGCAGGCCGACUCACCUGCCGGUUGGGCGGAGCUCCUGAUGUCGAUUAUGCCGAUGGAUGGCCGGCCACCGCGAGGCUUCGUCUCCGGCCGCCAUGGCACCGUGCAGAUUUCCUUUGCCGCUCGGCCCGCGACCGCGCCUGCGCCGGUGCCCGGGCCCGGGCCGGGCCGUCAGGUCCGCGCCUCGGACCCUGGGGAUGAAGAGUUGGAUGAUGACCUGGCUUGGCUAUCGAUAUCAGCCUCGUCCGAGGAGGCGUCUGCUUUCUCGGCCCGAGCCCUGGCCUUCCGGCGGCGCAUCUAUGAGGAGUGCCUCCGUCCGCUCCAUGUGCCGCAUCAUGCCCGGAAUCGCUUCCGGACCCUGACCGCCCAGCAGCUGCAGGGGUCCACGGCACUGGCCACCAUGCGACGCCUUCGCCCUUGGAUCGAGCGCGACCUGCUGGCCAGCCUGCCGUUUCCCUUUCCCCCGGCAAGCCGGCUUCCCGAUCCGCCGGGCUCACUGCCAGCCCCUUCGGAUCGGCGCAUUUGCUAUGCCCCGGUGUUGGCCUAUGUGACCUUCGACUCGCCCGGCGGCCGGCCCCACCGAGCGGAUCACUUUGCGCGAAUUGGCCCGGAGAGCGUGGUUGGGCGCAUUUCGCGCGCCCGGCGUAGCCUAAUUGUCCACACCCGCAGCGUGGUGGAGUCCCUCAUUUUGGCCGGCGGCGGGGUGGACAUCGAGGCCAUGGCCGACGCCCUGGUGCCCUUCUUCAUUCGUGACCAGCCGGCCCCCGGGGAUGGGGCGCCGCUGCCGGGGGGCAUAUCAGCCCGGAAUUGCGCCGCCCGCGACACGGCGCACCGUUUCUCCUGGGAGCUUGCCCGCUUCGCCGAGGCGGCCAGCUGGUCCCUCAGCGCCUAUGAUCGCCACGGGCCGGGCUACAUCAUGGCCGUCAGUGGCCACGCUUCGGAGGGCCCUCGGCCGGGGGCCCCGGCUCCGGAGGGCACCGAGUACUCGCAUGCCAACGGCCAUGCCUGGCUCCUGGCCACCGGGAUGUAUGCCGCGCGGGUGCCGCACAUGCUGCUGGCCGAUCUCGACCCGAUGGGCGGCCGGUCGGAGGGGCGGUCAUUUGCUCGGCACCGGGCGGGAUCGGGCUCUCGGUCCCGGGGCCGCCGGCGAUCGCGCUCCCGGUCCCGGUCCCGGUCCCGGUCCCGGUCGCGAUCGGGCUCUCGCCGGCGGUCGCAGCGCCAUCGAAUGCGCGUUCACAAAUAG